CUUUUUUAACCUGGAAAUGAAAAUGGCUGUGAUAGUUUGUAGGCCUCCAUUAGAGUCUCUGCAGGGCUCCCCUCUCCACGCCACCGAUGUUGUCCAAGGGAAGGGCAUUAGGACCCAUACAGCUUGGCACCGGUGUCGUCGCUCAAGGACACACACGCAGCCUCUGCCAAGGCUCGAACUAGCAACCUUCAGAUCACUAGACCAAUGCCUUAACCACUUGGCCACGCACCAGCACAUGUGAUAGUAGAACAGUAAUGAAAGCAUAACUUUUCCCUGUCAAUUAUCCUGGUACCAAUUUGUCUGUUAUUCCUGGAAAUGUCUUCAGUACAGUUGUGGCUAACAAGGUUCACAUGAAUAAUCUCAGGGAUGAUGGGUGUUAUGUAUGAGGAGCAUUUGAUGGUUCUGGACCUGUGCUCGAUGGAGUUCAGAGGGACGGUGGGGUUGGUGGAGGGACGUAUGGUUAAGAGAGUCUGUGAUCUGACAGCACAGUCUCAGAAUAAAGAUGCUUCCUGUUAAAAUUCAGUUGAGAAUUUUUUUUUGCCAAAAGAUGUCUGAUCUGUGGAAUUUGUUGCCACAGAGUCUGAUUGAGGCUGCCAUUUGGGUAUAUUUAUGACAGAGAUUAAUAUACUCAUGAUUGCUAAGUAGGUUUAGGGUUACAGGAGGAAGACAGGAAUAUGGUGUUGGAAUAAACAUCAGCCAUGGUUGAGUGGUGGGCAGAACAGAUGGAUCAAAUCACCUAAUUCUGUUCCUUUGUCUUAUGUCUUACCAUGACUGAAUGAUGGCCCCUUCUAAUCCCAUAUUGUUUUGUGAAAUGUGAGGGACAAUAAAAGAUUGUUCACUGAGAUCAUUAUAUUUGCCUUCAACGUUUAAAUUUCAUUAGACCUGCAGUGAGAGAUUUAUUGGAAGAAAAACCACGACUGAAGACGAGGGAACAGCAACAAUGAAACAACCCGAGGACUGAGAGCAUAAACUGGAGAGAACCCAUCUGACUCAGAGAUUCCAGUGAUUCAGUCAGGAGAAAGUUGGUUAAAAAUGACAAGGAAUUUGUCUACGGGAAUCUCGAACACUACACGCCAGUUUUGCUGUCUCUGUCCAGAUAUUUAAGAAGUGGAGCAAGGGAUUCACUCGACCAUCCUUCCUGCUCAGACUGUGGGAAGGGAUUCACUCGACCAUCCUUCCUGCUCAGACUGUGGGAAGGGAUUCACUCGAUCAUCCUUCCUGCUCAGACAGUGGGGAGGGAUUCACUCGAUCAUCCUUCCUGCUCAGACAGUGGGGAGGGAUUCACUCGAUCAUCCUUCCUGCUCAGACUGUGGGAAGGGAUUCACUCGGUCAUCCUUCCUGCUCAGACUGUGGGGAGGGAUCCACUCGAUCAUCCUUCCUGCUCAGACUGUGGGGAGGGAUUCACUCGAUCAUCCUUCCUGCUCAGACAGUAGGGAGGGAUUCACUCGAUCAUCCUUCCUGCUCAGACUGUGGGGAGGGAUUCACUCGAUCAUCCUUCCUGCUCAGACUGUGGGGAGGGAUUCACUCUAUCAUCCUUCCUGCUCAGACUGUGGGGAGGGAUUCACUCGGUCAUCCUUCCUGCUCAGACUGUGGGGAGGGAUUCACUCGAUCAUCCUUCCCGCUCAGACUGUGGGGAGGGAUUCACUCGAUCAUCCUUCCUGCUCAGACUGUGGGGAGGGAUUCACUCUAUUAUCAGACUGACUGCCAUGCCUGCCAUUUUAAACGGGGGUGGUGGGGGGGGAACCUGUUCAUCUGCUCAGACAGUGGGAAUGGAUUCAGUUGGACAUUUCAACUGAAGGGACAUCAGCAAGUUUAUACUGGGGCAAGGCCAUUCACCUGUUCUGUGUGUGAGAAGGGGUUCAGUCGGUCUUCCCACCAGUGGACACACCAAUUAGUUCACACCACACCGGGCAGAGGCUGGUCAACUGCUGAAUUUCUGGGAAAGGAUUCACUCAGUCAUCUGACCUAAUGGCUCACCAGCGAGUUCACGCUCGGGAGCAGCCGUUCACCUGCUCAGACUGUGGGAAAGGAUUCACUUGGUCAUCUAACCUGAAGAAACAUCAGCGAGUUCACACUGGAGAGAGGCCAUACACCUGCUCAGAAUGUGGGAAAGGAUUCACUUCCUCAGAUAAACUGAAGAUUCAUCAGCGGGUUCACACUGGGGAGAGGCCGUUCACCUGCUCAAACUGUGGGAAGGGAUUCACUCAGUCAUCUAAACUGAAGGAACAUCACCGAGUUCACACUGGUGAGAAGCUGUUCAUCUGCUCAGACUGUGGGAAGGGAUUCACUCGGUCAUCCAACCUGCUGGCACACAAGUCAGUUCACACUGGGGAGAGGCCUUUCACCUGUUCAGACUGUGGGAAGGGAUUCUCUUUGUCAUCCCAACUGAAGGGACAUCACCGAGCUCACACUGGGGUUUGGCCAUUCAUCUGCUCAGACUGUGGGAAAGGAUUCACUCAGUUAUCAAAACUGGAGGUACAUCAGCGAGUUCACACUGGAGAGAGGCCAUUCACCUGCUCAGACUGUGGGAAGGGAUUCACUCAGUCAUCUAUUCUGAAGUUACAUCAGCGAGUUCACACUGGGGAGCGGCCGUUCACCUGUUCAGACUGUGGGAGGGGAUUCACUUGCUUAUCUAAUCUGAAAGGACAUCGGAGAGUUCACACUGGUGAGAGGCCAUUCACAUGCUCAGACUGUGGGAAGGGAUUCAUUCUGUCACACGAACUACUGGUACACAAGUCAGUUCACACUGGGGAGUGGCCGUUCACUUGCUCAGUCUGUGGUAAGGGAUUCUCUCAGUCAUCCCAACUGAAGGUACAUCAGCGAGUUCACACUGGAGAGAGGCCAUUCACCUGCUCAAACUGGGAAAGGAUUCACUCAGUCAUCCAAGCUGAAGGUACACCAGCGAGUUCACACCGGAGAGAGGCCGUUCACCUGCUCAGACUGUGGUAAGGGAUUCACUUGCUCAUCUGAACUGAAGGUACAUCAGCGAGUUCACACUGGGGAGAGGCCUUUCACCUGCUUAGACUGUGGGAAGGGAUUCACUCAGUCAUCGCAUCUGAAGGUACAUCAGCGAGUUCACACUGGAGA